AUGCAUCACUUUCUCCUAAAGGCCGGGUUUGGGAGUCCAGCUAUUUUUGCAUUAGAAUACUCACUCGCUCCCGAGGAAACGCACCCAACUCAGGUCAACCAGGCAGUCCUUGGCUACAGGCACGUUUUGGAAGACGUCAAGGACGCAUCCAAGGUGUGCAUCGCUGGAGACUCAGCCGGCGGGACUUUGACACUCAGUCUUCUUCUAGAGCUAGGGAAGAAAACGAAUGGAUUUCGACUGAACGGCGCUACGACACUCGCUGUCCCCAAAUUGGCCGUCUUGAUCUCACCUUGGAUUACGCUCGUUUCAAACAUUCACUACCCAUCAGAGGUCGACUAUUUAGAACGAGACACGUUGUGGAAGUACGGAAAGGCGUAUAGAGGAUCAGCAGUGCAUGACCCUAUAGCAUCACCGGGACUGUGUGAAGAUGGAGACCUCUGGACAGCGGUUAGUCCUCAGCGAGGAUACUUUAUCGUCUAUGGGGAGGAAGAGACGCUUGCACCCGACGCAGAGGCAUUCAUUCGUCAUCAACGAAGAAACAAAAUCGAAGUAGACGCCAUGGAGUUCAAAGGCGGUAUUCACGCAUGGCCGGUGGCAUCACUAAUGCUGUCUGAAACAUGGGAUCGGCGGUUACAGGGACUCGAAUCUAUCGUCGGGCAGGUUAGAAAGAAGUUCAUUAAUGGCAUCGACACAAGAAAGAAAAAUACUAUCUCUGACAAAGAAGCAUCAGAUUAG